AUGUUAUAUGAAAGCAGUCUAAAAUCAUAUUCGUUCAACGUUCAUAGUGAAUUAAAGUUUGAUUUAUUUGCACUUAUAUUAUCGUAUUUAUUAAACGUUUAUGGUGAAUUAAAACGUAAUUCAUUUAUAUUUAUAGAAUCGUAUUCAUUAAAUGUUCAUCGUAAAAUAAAAGUUGAUAUAUUUACAUGUAUAUUGUCAUAUUCAUUAAAUGUUCGUGAUGAAUUAAAAUUAAAUUUAGUUAUAUUUAUAGAAUCACAUUUAUUACAUAUUUGUGAUAAAUCAAAAUUGCAUAUAUUUGUAUAUAUAGAACCAUACUUAUUGAAGAUAUAUAUUGAAUUAAAAAUUGAUUUUUUUGCAUUGAAAUUAUCAUAUUUAUUAAACGUUUGUGGUGUUUUAAAAUUUUAUUCAUUUAUAUUUAUUGAAUCAUAUUCAUUAAAUCUUUAUCGUGAAUUAAAAUUAAGUUUAUUUAUGUUUUAUAAUCGUAUUUAG